CAUCAACAUUGGUAGCUCGUCUGGGGCCACGACGGGGAGUAUUUCCGGCUAAUGGCCGAAUGUAUCGCUACUUGACCAGCUUAACCAAUCUAGCAGGCAGGCAGGUUGCUCAAAAAACGACGUUGUAUCCCUUAUCUCGCAACCCUCCCCCCUUGCUCAUCCGCGUUGUUUGAAGAGAGAAACACUGGCUUUUCACCCGUUACCAAAGGGUGAGUGCGUUGCGUGAUAUGUAGGUACGUCGGCCCCCCGACUUCGCGAAAAUAUUCUAGAACAGGACGUUGGAAGCAUGCUGGUAAUGGGUGCACCCUGCUCGAAGGCUUCAAUAAUUUCAAUCCCUCGGUUUCAGCUCGGGGCUGAAACCGUCCACUAACAGAAAUAUGUAUGCAUGUAGGCUCGCUUCUCCUCAAGCUCGUAGAUCUUUCUGGAUUAUAUCCUACUAUUACUUGCUACUACUCCUACUCCUACUCCUACAUACUACUACCCACUCGCUGUAGAUUACCAUGCUCUCUAAUUCUUGCCAUUGGACGUAAAUCGCAAAGAACUCAGAGCCACCGCGAAGCCUUCUCGCCCUCCGGGUAGGACGUGAAGGAAGCAAUAGCGCCCCCUAAGUUAAGAUGUCGAACGACUACGAGCUCAAGUCGACGAAGCGCGACGACAAUAAGGCGAUGUCUACCGAGCUCAAUAUCGAGCCGACGGAAACGACGGGAGGAGGGAAGAAGUCGAUUAUCGAUCGCGACAAUGAGACUCUUACUCGCCUCGGCAAAGUCCCCGUACUCAAGCGCAAUUUUGCCCUCAUGUCCAUUCUCGGUUUCAGCUGCACGGUUAUGAACACCUGGGAGGGAGAGCUGGUGCUUUUCCUUCAAGCGUACGAGAAUGGCGGUUCUGCAGGGUCUAUAUAUGGGUUUAUAAUCGUUUGGAUCGGCACCCUCUGUGUCUUCGCAACGAUGGGGGAGCUAGCAUCCAUGGCGCCGACUUCAGGAGGCCAGUACCAUUGGGUGUACAUGUUAGCGCCGAACAAUUGGCGCAAGUUCAUGAGUUACUUCAUCGGCUGGUUGACGGUCAUCGGGUGGCAAGCCGCCGUCGCGAGUCUGGGCUAUCUUGCCGCCGGAUUGAUCCAAGGUGUCGCCGUGAUGGGGAAUCCGGAGUACGUCCCGCUACCAUGGCAGAAACUCCUGCUGCUGUACGCGUCCGUCGCGUGGGCGGUAUUCGUCAACACGAUCGUGAGCAGCGCCCUGCCGAAGGUGGAAGGUCUCGUCCUGAUCCUUCACAUCCUCGGUUUCUUCGCGAUCCUCGUGCCGCUGGUCUAUCUGAGCCCGCAUAAAAGCGCCGAAGAGGUUUUCACCCAGUUCUCGAACGGAGGAGGGUGGCCGACGCAAGGCCUUUCUUUCAUGCUUGGGAUGAUAGCUGCUGUGUUCAACUUUCUUGGCGCUGAUGGUGCUGUGCACAUGUCCGAAGAGAUUCAGAACGCGUCCGUGAUCGUCCCACGAGCAAUGAUUUUCACGGUUCUCCUGAACGGUGUUCUAGGGUUUGGCAGUCUACUUGCUUUACUAUUCUGCAUUGGCGACAUUGAUGCGGCUCUCAACUCGCCCACUAAAUACCCCUUUAUGGAGAUAUUCCAACAGGGUGUGGGGUCUCAAAAGGGCGCCCAAACCAUGGCCUCGAUCCUUGUAGUCUUGAACCUCUUUGCGAUGGUCUCUCUGAUGGCUACGGCUUCCCGAAUGACUUGGUCUUUCGCUCGAGAUAGGGGCUUACCGGGUUGGUUCUAUAUUAGCAAGGUCGAGCCUAAGACGUCUAUUCCGGUAAUUGCAAUUGUUCUCACCACGAUCAUCUCUUACCUCCUCGCCCUCAUCACCCUAGGGUCCUCGGUAGCGUUCAACGACAUCGUUUCCUUGACUGUGAACGGUUUGGACGGCGCGUACCUUAUCGGAAACGGUCUUCUCCUCUGGCGCCGAUUGACAGGCGGUAUCCGUCCGUACAACCGGGAAAACAGGGCAUUGACCAACACGAACCACGAGAACCUGUCGUGGGGACCUAUGAAGAUCCCGGAGCCAUUCGGAACUAUCGUCAACGCAUUUGGCUGCGCAUUCCUCCUGGUCAUGUUGUUCUUCAGCUUCUGGCCUACUCACGUCAACCCCACGGCCGAAAGUAUGAACAUGAGUGCUUUGAUGGUUGGAGCGACGCUUAUCUGGUCCGUGGUAUACUACGCCGUGUGGGCGCGGAAAGUGUAUUCCGGGCCGGUUAUUGAGAUUAAUAACAGUUAAAAGAAUGGUGCUAGGAAGUCGAUAUAAACCAGCUGAAUACCUGUGUCACAUAUUACAAUAAUAAACAAUGCCCAUACAACUUGACAUGGAAACUUUCCUUUUUUUUUUUUUUUUUUUUU